ACAGCGCAUGCAGCCAUGGCCGGAGCCCCCACGCUGGCCCUGCUCCUGCUCGGGCAGCUCCUGGCCGGGACCGAGGCGCAGAAAGUGGGACCUCGGGGUCCUCCUGGUCCCCAAGGGCCACCUGGAAAGCCGGGCAAAGAUGGCGUUGAUGGAGAAGCUGGUCCUCCGGGUCUGCCUGGGCCCCCGGGACCCAAAGGGGCCGCGGGGAAGCCAGGGAAACCAGGAGAGGCCGGGCUGCCGGGGCUGCCUGGCGUGGACGGUCUGACUGGUAGGGAAGGACCACCUGGAUCCAAGGGCGCCCCUGGAGAGCGGGGAAGUCUGGGACCCCCGGGGCCGCCCGGGCUUGGGGGCAAAGGCCUCCCCGGACCCCCUGGAGAGGCGGGCAUCAGCGGGCUCCCAGGUGGACUCGGCCUCCGGGGCCCCCCGGGACCCUCUGGACUCCCAGGCCUGCCUGGCCCUCCGGGACCUCCUGGACCCCCUGGUCACCCAGGGGUCCUCCCCGAAGGCGCUACUGACCUUCAGUGCCCGGCCAUCUGCCCGCCAGGGCCUCCCGGUCCCCCAGGAAUGCCAGGGUUCAAGGGACCCACCGGCUACAAAGGGGAACAAGGAGAAGUUGGCAAAGAUGGCGAGAAGGGUGACCCCGGCCCCCCUGGGUCUGCCGGCAUUCCUGGCACAGUGGGGCUGCAGGGCCCUCGGGGGCUCCGAGGACUGCCAGGGCCGCUCGGGCCCCCUGGGGACCGGGGUCCCAUCGGGUUUCGAGGACCCCCCGGGAUCCCAGGAGCCCCCGGGAAAGCGGGUGACAGAGGCGAGAGGGGCCCAGAGGGGUUCCGCGGGCCCAAGGGUGACCUCGGCCGACCUGGUCCCAAAGGAGUCCCCGGAGUGGCAGGGCCUGUGGGAGAGCCGGGCAUGCCAGGCAAGGACGGCAGGGAUGGCGUGCCAGGACAGGAUGGUGAGAAGGGAGAGGCUGGUCGCAAUGGUGCCCCAGGAGAGAAGGGUCCCAGUGGGCUGCCGGGUCUCCCCGGGCGAGCAGGGUCAAAGGGUGAGAAGGGAGAACUGGGCAGAGCUGGAGAGCUGGGCGAGGCUGGCCCCUUAGGAGAACCGGGCAUCCCGGGGGACGCUGGUGUGCCUGGGGAGCGCGGGGAGGCUGGCCACAGGGGCUCAGCGGGGGCUCUGGGCCCGCAAGGCCCUCCCGGGGCCCCUGGCAUCCGAGGCUUCCAGGGCUGGAAGGGUAGCAUCGGGGACCCUGGCCUGCCAGGCCCCCAGGGCCUCCGCGGCAGCGUGGGUGACCGGGGCCCGGGAGGAGUCACAGGUCCCAAGGGAGACGAGGGCAUCGCUGGCUCUGAUGGCCUUCCCGGGGACAAGGGCGAACUGGGAGCCAGUGGCCCCGUCGGACCCAAAGGAGAGCCCGGCAGUCGAGGGGAACUGGGCCCGAAAGGCAUCCAGGGUCCCAACGGCACCAGCGGCGUAGAGGGCGUCCCGGGUCCGCCCGGGCCCGUGGGCCUCCAGGGGGUGCAAGGUGUGCCUGGCAUCACCGGGAAGCCCGGGGUCCCGGGGAAAGAAGCCAGUGAGCAGCGCAUCCGGGAGCUGUGCGGGGGCCUGGUCAGCGAACAAAUCGCACAGUUAGCUGCUCACCUGCGGAAGCCGUUAGCUCCAGGACCCAUCGGUCGGCCCGGCCCGGCCGGCCCCCCGGGUCCCCCGGGGCCUCCAGGCUCCAUUGGUCACCCCGGUGCUCGGGGGCCCCCUGGAUAUCGUGGUCCCACCGGAGAGCUGGGAGACCCCGGACCCAGAGGAAGCCAGGGGGACCGAGGAGACAAGGGCACGGCCGGCGUGGGUCUGGACGGGCCCGACGGAGACCAGGGGCUCCAAGGACCCCAAGGCGUGCCUGGUGUGGGUAAGGACGGCCAGGACGGCGCCCACGGUGAGCCUGGGCUGCCCGGAGACCCUGGCCUUCCUGGUGCUGUUGGUGCUCAGGGGACCCCCGGCAUCUGUGACACCUCAGCUUGCCAAGGAGCCGUGAUGGGCGGCAGCGAAAAGUCAGGUCCUAGAAGCUCCUAA